AUGGACAAAGCACGAGCCGACUUCGAAGACGCCAGAGUCGACAUAAUCUACGAAGCAACCGAGUAUCUGACCGACAGCAACCUAGCGCCGCAAUUCAUCGAGAUAAUGCAGACAUGUCUUACAGAGGCCCUCAACAAAACAAGCCCACUCCCCGGCCAAACAGUCCUCUACACCGCACGCACAACAAGCCGCACCCCGCUAACCGCGUCCCAAACCACCGAGCUCUCUCUCCUCGGCUGGCUCUGCGCGCUCUUCCACGCAGCGUAUCCAACACGGGACUCGAUCACCACCACCUCCGACCCGAGGAUGCAACGCGGGGUUGGAAUGGCGAACGACACGGGUGUGCUCCGCCCGCUCAUCUACGCCCUCCUCAAAAAGACCUUCCGCACUCACCCGCGGUACACCAACAUACUCGAACUAUUCCUGCAGGCCGAGAUGAACGUUUCAAUGGGGCAGGUCAGCGACACGUACUCCGCGACUCAGGACAUAGCGGCCGUCGGCACAGACCCGCGCUCAUGGGAGGUAUACGAGUUCAUGGUCGAGCAUAGCGGCACGUAUCCGAGCUGGUACAUGCCGAUUGUAUUGGCGCUGGAGUACCUGGAGACCGCGACGAGCCAGAACAAGGCGCAGGUCAGGGACGUCCUGGGGCCCAUUGGGCUGUACGUCCAGAUCCGGAACGAGGUGUAUGAUGUCGUUCGGGACGAGGGGGACAGUCGUGCCUGCAACAACGGAGCGGGGAAUGGCAUUGCGGCGAAUAAAUGCGGCUGGCUGAUUAUGCAUGCGUUGGAUCGGGCGGAUGUGAGGCAGAAGGGCGUUUUGUUGGAGAACUACGGGAGGAAGGAGCGGGGGGCUGUUGAGACUGUGAUUGGGGUUUAUAAAGAGUUGGAUCUAGAGAGGGUUUUUAGUGACUAUGAGGAGAAGGCGCAUCGGCUGAUUCAGUCCGGUAUCGAUGGGAUUGAUGAGGGGUUGGGGCUUAGGAAGCAGGUCUUUCGUGGGCUUUUUGAGGUGCUUAAGAUGGAAGGGGAGUAUAAGGGCUCGAGGAAUGUGACUGAAACGGAGGAAUCGGUUUAG